AUGUCAACACUUUUGUGUAGUUUGUAAGAAUGGCACUGCGUGCUAAUGUCUUGAGAUUCAGUUUAGCUCUCAAUCGUAAUUUACCCCAAACUGUUGUCUACAACAAUCGGCACUUCUCAGAACAAUCGUCCUCCAAUCCGAAAGCAUCUGUUUCCACCGAAAAUAUCGAUCAUGUUCUCUACACAGAGGAACAUUUUGCAUUAAAGUCGUCUUUGAGAAAGAUCAUUGAUCAAGAGAUCAACCCUUAUGUAGACAAAUGGGAGGAAGAAGGGCAGUUUCCUGCUCAUAAGAUCUUCAAAAUCCUGGGAAGUGCAGGAUUUCUGGGAGUCAACAAACCUGUGGAGUAUGGCGGUCUUGGAUUGGACUUCAGCUACAGUUUGGCUGUGGCUGAAGAACUGGGGAACAUCAACUGUGGAGGGAUUCCAUGGCCAUUGGUGUUCAGAGUGACAUGGCUACACCUGCACUGGCGAGGUGAUUUCUAAAUCUGAAAUAUUGGU